AUGCCGGUGCGCUUCAAGGGGCUGAGUGAAUACCAGAGAAACUUCCUGUGGAAAAACUCCUAUUUGUCAGAGUGCCGUAAUCCCUCAGUAGCACAGAAGUACCCAUUGGCUGGCCUUAGAUCAGAUCAAUUAGGAAUCACAAAAGAACCAAGUUUUAUUUCAAAGAGAAGAGUUGCUUACCAUGACCCACAGAUUUCAAAAUCUCUUGAAUGGAAUGGAUCAACUUCAGAGAACAACAUGGCUGCCUCACCAGAAUCUGAAGCCCCCCCGAUAUUGCAAGAGGCAGAACAAAAAGAUGAUGUUAACCCAGAAAACAUCGUUGCCCUGGACGUGCCCAAAGUACUGGAGAGAAACAGACUUCACUCUGUGCUCCCCAGAGACAAAGGGGUUGCAGACCUGGUGGAGAAUAAAGAGGAUGUCCUAGCAAAAUGUACACCAGUUAACGAAGACAUAGAACCGAAACACUCUGCCAAGCCUCUUUCAGAUAAAGUGGAUAAUGGGUUGGAUAGACUUCUACGAAAGAAAGCGGGAUUGACUGCUGUUCCUUCACAAAAUACCUUGAGAAAUUCUGAAUAUCAAAGGCAGUUUGUUUGGAAGACUCCUAAAGAAACUGCUCCAGUUUUUGUAGCCAAUCAGGUUUUCCACAAUAAAAGCAAAUUUGUUCCACAAUUCAAAGGUAACUCAACCAUCCAUGAAACUGAAUACAAAAGAAAUUUCAAGGGUUUAUCUCCAGUGAAAGAGCCAAAGUUAAGAAAUGAUUUGAAAGAGAACGGAAAUCUCGAAACUCAAGCUCCUGAAAAGAAGUGUCAUAAAGGUGAUCCUAUAAAACCAGAGGCAGAGAUGGAAGCAAAGAACUUAAACCAGCCUAAAAAGAAGCUUACUCCUUGGAGGCAUCAAAGACUUGGGAAGGUGAAUUCUGAAUAUAGAGCGAAAUUUCUGAGCCCAGCUCAAUAUUUAUAUAAAGCUGGGGCUUGGACUCGUGUAAAGGAAAAUGUGCCAAAUCAGGUUAAAGAACUUCGAGAGAAGGCUGAGUUUUACAGGAAACGAGUGCUGGGAACACAUUUUUCACGGGACCACCUGAAUCAGAUUCUGUCUGAUAAUAAUUACUGUUGGGAUGUCUCCUCAACUACGAGCUCAGAAGGAACCAUUAGUAGCAACAUCAGAGCUCUAGACCUUGCUGGAGGACCGGCAAACCAUAAGACUCUGCAGAAAUGUCCUUCUACCAAAUUAGAAGAAAAAAGACCUGUCUUGGAAGAACAGUCCCCCAAAUAUGCCACAGAAAAACUGGGCGUGUCAGAUGCUCCCACAAUGCCUGUUAGACGACGUCUAGCAUGGGAUGCAGACAACACCAAUGAAGAUACACAAAAACAGCCAAGAGGAAAGGAGGAGGAGGAAGAAGAGGAGAUGGAAAGGGACAAGCAAGUUUACAGGGAAGACUUAGAGAAGUUGGAUGUAAAGGAAAGCUCUAAGUUUGAUAAGAUAAAAGAAGGGUCAGAUUCUUCUUCUUUAUCCUCAGUAAAAGGAGGCAGACUUCCCACACCAAAGCUGAAAGAACUUGGUGGAGCCCAGAGGACUCAUCAUGACCUUACGACUCCAGCUGUUGGUGGUGCUGUUUUAGUGUCCCCAUCUAAAAUGAAGCCAGAACAGAGGAAAAAACUAACCCCUCAAGAUGGCUUAGAAACUCCUAAGAAUGAUUUCAGCAAGAAAGCUGUUCAUACUGUGCCCCUACUGACUUCUCCAGCUGCUGGUAAAAAGACAGUUGAUCCCCUGCCUUUGAGAGAAGAUUCUGAAACCAAUAUUGCCACGCUUGCAGAAGAAACUCAUCAACUUUCAAAGAUUCCAGAGUCUCCAGCAAGCACUCCAGGACAGUGUCCUUCUCCACCCUACGUUCCAUUUUACAGUCAGCCUUCUCUGCGAAUUAAGGGUACUCUAAGAGAUCCAGAAUUUCAGCAUAAUGUGGGAAAAGCAAGAAUGAACAAUUUCCAGUUGCCACAACAGGAUGCCUUUAAUGAUGAAGAUGACAGAUUGUCAGAGAUUUCUGCUCGCUCUGCAGCAUCUAGUCUCCGGGCUUUCCAGACAUUGACACGAGCUCGGAAGAGGAAGGAGAAUUUCUGGGGCAAGACGUAA